AGAACAGGAGUGAUGCGCGUUGUUUGCUUUGUGCAAGUAAUGGCUGUAACUGAUUUCUAGACUUUUUGUGAGAGUAAAGAAAACUGCACGGUUUGUUAAUAAGAAACAAAUUACCACAUAUCUCCCAUGUUUAUCUUUAACUAGAAAUCUACACGCAAUAAUUAAACUUGCAGCAUGUUGGCAAGCUCAACACAGAUCUACUCAGCAGAGCCACUGGUCUGAUAGAAGUGAAGAGGAAUUAUAGAAACAAAUGUCCUGCAGGAGAUGAUUCCAAAUAUAAAGAAAUGAAGAAGUUAGAGUAUUUAGUCCUGGCCAGACGAGCAAGCCAGAUCAAGGAAGAGCUCAGACAGAGAGUGAGAAAGCCUUACAAAGAAGUGUUAGAUGUCUCCUGGGGCGACCCACACAAGGCAGGUGUGAAGCCUCUGUCAUAUGUCCGACAGGUUCUUGCAGCAUGUCUUUACCCUCAGCUUUUGAACAGCAACAGACUGCCAGUGGAUGUCAGACAGAGGGCUCAGAGUCUACUUAAGGAAUGUGCUGGUGGUAGUGUAGGUUCUUAUACUUCAACAAGGGGUAUAUCAGAAAUAGUCCACAGAGUCUCUGAAUUCAUAACGAGACGAGAUGGCGGGACUCCAUCUUACCCUGAAAACAUAUUCAUCAGCCCCGGCUCAAUGUGGGCCCUCGGGAACAUUCUCAACGUCUUGGUGAACAGUGAGGCUUCACACAGAGCCGGUGUGCUGACUCCCAUGCCCUGCCACCCCACUUCCCUUGCGUCCAUAACGGGCCGAGGAGCAGUUAUUGUUCCCUACAACCUCAGUGAGGAGCAGGGCUGGGCGCUGCAGGCAGAGGAGCUGCAUCGAGCACUGGAAUCUGCAAAGGGAGUCUGCAACCCUGUAGCUCUCUAUGUCGUCAACCCUGGAAACCCUGCAGGUUAUGUUCAAAGCAGGAAAACAAUUCAAGAGGUGCUCCAGUUUGUUUCAGAGAAGAGGCUCUUUCUUCUGGCUGAUGAGGUCUAUCAGGACUGUGUUCAUGGGGAAAACAAUGAGUUUGUCUCUUACAAAAGGGUUCUGGCGGAGAUGGGUCCUCCUCUUUCAGACACAGUGGAGCUGGCGUCCUUUCACUCAGCAUCAAAAGGCUUCAUGGGAGAGUGUGGUCUGCGUGGUGGAUACGUGGAGCUGGUAAAUCUGGACCCCGCUGUUAUGCCAUACAUCUACAAACUGUUCUCGACAGAUGCCGGUGCACCUGUGUUGGGCCAGUUUGCCCUGGAUCUGAUGAUGAAACCUCCACAACCAGGAGAAACCUCAUACCCACUUUAUAGUGUGGAGACACAACACAUCAGGACCACAAUGGUUCAUAAUGUAAAGAGAGUCCUUGAGGUAGUAAACAAUCUGCCGGGUUUCUGCUGUCAGCCACUGAAAGGAGCAUUUGCAUUUCCCAGACUGCAUCUUCCACCUAAAGCCAUUCAGAAGGCCAAGGAAAUGGGAAUGCAACCAGAUGUAUUCUACUGUAUUAGACUACUGGAGGAGGCAGGUGUGCUCGUCAAUCCUGGUUGUGACUAUGGACAAAAAGAGGGUAGCCACCACAUCAGAUUUUACAUUAUGACCUCUGAGGACAUGAUGGAAGAAGUACUGGGACGCCUGUCUUGCUUUCACACACAAUUUAUGAAGGAUUUCUCCUAAGCACUUUUUUAAAA